UCUCCCAAGAACCCCCAGCAGAAGAUCAUCAAGCGAGUCAUAGCACUUGAGGGAGACUUCAUCAAGUACGUACAUAAUUCGUUUUUUCCCCCAUAGCUUUAUCAAAUCAAAUCAAACUUAAAACCCACAACACAUUAUAAAGGAAAAACGAAACAAAAGGCAAUAAAAUAACAUAAAAUAAAGGGUGUCUUAAAGGCCUAUGCAGAGACUUCCUAUGAGAAGACAACUGCUUGUUUACUCAUGAAUUCGAAGCUCCAUCUUAAACCCCAGUAUUUCUUAUCAACCAGCUUCAAAUCUUCGGGUGCCACUACUCAUAACACAAUGUCGCCAUGUAAAUCACUCUGCCAACUAUUUGUGACGGGUGCCGCUGAACAAAUUACGAGUCACUUGUAUUGCCUGGGAGGAGAUAGAUGAAUAAUUAACAUGGGGGUUUGAUGAUUGCCCACACUGGCUGAGGCUGGUGUGUGUGUGCAUGUGUGUUAGCCUGUGGGGCCAGCCAUGCUAUAAAUCACAGCUAUGGUUUUAAUCUCGCCAUGCACAGAGACAGGAAAGAGGCCUCUCAGCCAUUUACAGCCCUCUGAGUGGUGUGUGUGUGUGUGUGUGUGUGUGUGUGUGUGCGUGUGCUAUGUGUAUCCCUCUGAACUGAGCCCCUCCUCAGAGAUAUAGAGGGCCGUUUCGGAGAUUCAUCUCCAAACAAUGAUGGCUUACGGGACAUAAAUCGCGUUGCAAUCGAAUCACAGCUUUAAAAAAAACAGAAAGGCCAAGUGUUACGCCACUGUAUUGUCAGGGAAAUUGUUGGUACGCUGUGUAAAGCUGAUGACUGGAAUACAUACAUUGAGGGAAAUGUGGAGUAUAUUCAUAUGAAGUGUAUGAGGAAUAGCUACCUCAAGAUGGAGAUUCUGGUGUUCAUAGAGGUACAGAACAACCCAGUGUGGUGUGCCAGGCAGGCUGUCAGACAUGGCUGGUGGACAAGAUUAUGGCUGUGUGUUCCCAUGUCCAUGAUAGCAUACCACUUAGGAUGCAUGUCCAACACAUUUGAUUCAUUCGCAGUGGUAUUCUUCUUAGUCUAGAUAUUGAAACUGAGCCUUUGACUUGACCUAUCCAAUUUACCUCAAGCUUUUACACAUCAUCAUUAUCGUGUUUCAUAUGACCAUUAUCAUGUGUAUCUGUGCCCUAUAGGCCUAUCCCAUUAACCUCCAUCAAACCUCCACUGUACCAGGCAGCUAUUGUUUAAACCCACAAAACAGAGGUAGAGAGCACAUAACUUUUUAACACAACUCAAUGCUGAGACUGUCUGAGAGUCUGCCCAAACUCCUGAACGCACCCUAAGCCCUUUGUAGCUGCUAGACACUGCCAGGAAGUGAGUCACAUGCAAACAGCAUUAAUACAGGAGUCUGUAUAUUCGCUUUGAACUCUGUUUGCUUUAGUGCAUCCCUAAUGGCACCCUAUUUCCUAUUUAGUGCCCUACUUUUGACCAGGACCCAACAAGCUCUGGUCAAAGUAGUGCCCUAUGUAGGGAAUAGGGUGCCAUUUGGGAUGCAGGCUGUUUUUGUCUUCCCACAAAACGGUUAUUUUUACUGAGCAUAGCAGGGGUAGCUGAUUAGGUAACACUUUAUAAUAAUGUUCAUUAAUAAACUAUUUGAUAAACUAUUAAUAAGUAUGUAGUGUAUACCCCAUUGAAUAAUCAUUUAUUAAUACAUGUAUAUGAACACUGCUUAUAAAUAGAUAACAAAUGUCUCCUUAAAGUUAUUAUAAAGUGUUACUGCAGACUAUUCUACUGUACAAAUAAGAUAGGCCCUAUUUGGAUAUAAUCACUAGAUUUUGAAGUAGCCAGUAUUUUGUUCUUGUAUUGUUUGUGUUCAGAUACUGUAUGUAGGCCUAACCCCUGACAUUUCAAAGUCACUGAACUUCAGUUUGCUGGAGAACAGACAGGGCAGCAGGUAACCUAGCGGUUAGAGCGUUGGGUCAGUAACCGAAAGGUUGCAAUACCCAGGCAGACAAGGUGAAAAAUGUGUUGAUGUGCCCUUGAGCAAGGCACUUAACCUUAAUUUGCUCCAGUGGCGCUAUACUACUAUGGCUGACCAUGUAAAACAACAUAUUUCACCACCUAUCCAGUGUAUGUGACAAUAAAAACAUUUUUUUUCCCCAGCAGCCAAAUCAAUAUUUUGGUCCAAGGUCUAAGCAGUAGUCAUUUAGGCUCCUGUAACAUUGCCCUGGAAAGGAAUAGGAGAAGAAUUGUCAUUUAAAAAGUCAUUUCCCCGUAAUUUACAAUGUUCCUGAUAUGAACCAUGCAUCAGGGCUCAGUCACAGCUAAGUGCCCAGGUGAUUGAUGGUGUAUACCACCCUGUCCUCACUCCGCAAAAUAGUUGAUUGAAGCUAAACUAGUCUGGAGGGGAACCGAUCAGAUAGAGGUUACGUCCCAAAUGGACCCUAUUCCCUAAUAUAGUGUACUACUUUUGACCAGGGCCGAAGGGGCUAUAUAUAGGGAGUAGUGUACCAUUAAGGGACGCAACCAGAGACUAGACCUAAGGGAGUGAGCUGUCCUGUCCAUAUCUCAUUAGUCAUUACACACAAAGCAUGUUUGUCCUCAUCUGAUUAGAUUAGAUUUGACUUUAAGAUAAUAGUCGAAUCUAAAGGGAGGAUGCCUGGCAGAUGGAUGAUUUAGUAGAAAGGGGAUAAACCAUAAUGAAACGAAAAUGUCCAUUUCCUGAAUGCAGAUGUACAGUGAGGGAAAAAAGUAUUAGAUCCCCUGCUGAUUUUGUACGUUUGCCCACUGACAAAGAAAUGAUCAGUCUAUAAUUUUAAUGGUAGGUUUAUUUGAACAGUGAGAGACAGAAUAACAACAAAAAAAUACUUAUUUCCCUCAUUAAAAUGCAAAUGAAUUUAUAACAUUUUUGACAUGCGUUUUUCUGUUUUUGUUUUGUUUUUAUUCUGUCUCUCACUGUUCAAAUAAACCUACCAUUAAAAUUAUAGACUGAUCAUGUCUUUGUCAGUGGGCAAACGUACAAAAUCAGCAGGGGAUCAAAUACUUAAUUCCCUCACUGUAGGUAGAUUAACUUUAUUCUCGAUUUAAAUUUUGCCUUUUGUCUUGUCUAAUUUCAAUGUGUUUAUUGUUGUUUUCAAUUGAUCCCGCAGCUCAAUCAAUGUUAAUGACUGCCUUUCUUUCAUAGCUAGGUUCUGAAGUAAAUGUGGGUUGUAUUAACCUGGCUAAUGUGUUUUAUCCAUGAUCCAAACCUCCGCCCUCCAUUUCUCUCUGCAGGACGCUUGGCUAUAAGAACCGCUAUCUCAGGGUCCCUGAUGGCCACUUUUGGAUCGAGGGGGACCAUCACGGCCACAGUCUGGACAGCAACAGCUUUGGACCGGUAAGCCACUUUUCUGCUCAAAUUCCCUCCUGCACAUUGAUGUGCUCAGUUUUCAACUACACAAUAGGAAUGGCACAUGCCUGA